AAUCAUUUGUGAAAACCUUGAGGAACCAGAGCUCAGUAAGUAGAAGUAACCGGUAGUUUAGUCAUGGACAGAGAGCUCCAGCUCUAAACCCUAACGCCAGCCUCACUGAGCCCACAGUGAAGGGACUUUGCUGGGCAGCAGGCUUCCAACAGCAAGCUUCUGGAUUCUGAAGCUCCGGAGAUCUAACCACAUGACAGAGAGAAGCCCAGAGGAAGUCCAGGAGUCAUCCAGCCAGCCAGUAGAAGUACACUAUGCCGGGUGUGGUGGGGGUGAGGCAGGGAGUGUCGUGGAGCCUGUGUGCCCUGCUCUGCCUCUCUUUCUUGGAGCAGAGCCAGUGCAGGGGCUCCAGACAGGCUAGAGAAACCAAGGAAUAUCCCCUGCUCAGGGCCAAACGAACUCCCACAGAAGACGUCAAGAAGUGCUCCUACACCUUUCUGAUUCCCCAGCAGAAGAUCACAGGCCCCAUCUGUGCCAGUGCAACGGGCCCCGAGCCGGACAAGGAGCGUGUGACACGGAUGGACAUAGCUGACGUAAGAGAGGUGCUGUUCAAGCAGAGACGGGAGAUGGAGACCCUGCAGCUGGUGGUGGACGUGGACGGCAACAUGGUGAACGAGAUGAAGCUGCUCAGGAAGGAGAGCAGGAACAUGAACUCCAGGGUGACCCAGCUCUACAUGCAGCUGCUUCACGAGAUCAUCAGGAAGAGAGACAACUCUCUGGAGCUGGCCCAGCUGGAGAAUCGGGUUCUCAACGUCACCUCAGAGAUGCUGAGGUUAGCCUCGCGCUACAAGGAGCUGGAAGGGCGUUUUGCAGCGAUGGCGGGGGUGGUGAACAACCAAUCUGUGCUGAUUGCUGCGUUGGAGGAGCAGUGUCUGCGGACCCUGGGGCGCAGUGAGAUGCAGGUGGUCCCCCCGCUGGUCCAGGUGGUCCCAGAGAACAUCCCCGUCAACAGCCGCUUCACCAACGAGAUACAGAGGGAUCACAACAACCGGGCAUUCCCACGGGGGUCACGCAUGGACUCCCCCACCGCCUCUCCAUUUGGACUCAACCCGCCGCCACCGCAGGGCACGCUCACCUCAGACGGUCCGUUUAAGGACUGCUACCAGGUGCGCCAGGCGGGCCACAGCACCAGUGGGAUGUACCUGCUGAAGGCAGAGAGUAAUGAACAGCUGAUCCAGGCCUGGUGUGAACACAGCUUAGACAACGGAGGCUGGACCGUGUUACAGAGAAGGAAGGAUGGAUCGGUCAACUUCUUCAGGAACUGGGAGAACUACAAGAAAGGCUUUGGGAACAUAGAUGGUGAAUACUGGCUGGGUCUGGAGAACAUCUUUAACCUGGCAAAGCAGGGGGACUACAGGCUGCUGGUAGAGCUGGAGGACUGGGUGGGGAAGAAGGUGUAUGCUGAGUACAGCAGCUUCCGCCUGGAGCCUGAGAGUGAGGGCUACCGCCUGAGACUGGGCACCUACCAGGGAAACGCUGGAGACUCCCUCAGCAGCCACAAUGGGAAAAUGUUCACCACACUGGACAGGGACAAGGAUGCUUUCUCAGGUAACUGUGCCCACUUCCAUAAGGGAGGUUGGUGGUACAACGCCUGUGGUCAGACCAACCUGAAUGGAGUGUGGUACAGCGGAGGGGUUUACCGCAGUAAGUUCCAGGAUGGAAUCUUCUGGGCUGAGUACGGAGGCGGAUCGUACUCCCUCAAGUCUGUCCGUAUAAUGAUACGACCUAUCGACUGAGCCUGGAACAGUCUCCACCCCACUAUCUAUGCCAUGACCUUUGACCCAUCCUAAUCCCAACCCUCCCACCCCGUGACGUCUCAACUUCUCCACCAAGCUACCCAUCAUCUUCCCAUUCUUUUCCUUUCUUACAUUUUUAAGCAGAGCAUAGAAGCUGUUUAACUGUCGAGACCCAAAUCCCAUAUCAAACUGCUUCAUGGAAACCCUGGUUCUUCUUCAGAAUCUCUGAAGGAAAGAUGACACAGCGUUCUGCUAUUGUUUCAGCUGUGCUUCUAUUGAGUCCUCUCUAACAUGGCCAGACAGCCAUAUGAUAGUGCUGUGAAAGACAGCAGUGGACAGACAAAGUAUGAACUCUAACACAGAGCUAGCUGCCACAGCCUUCUACAACAGUCACUAUGUUAUACUCUGUAUGGUCCUCCACAAUGUCAAACUUCAAUACGCUAUGAAGGUGGUUACAUUAGGAAUUUCAGAUGCUUAUUUCACACAUGUUGACUGGAAAAUAAAUGGUUAAUUUUG